AUGCAUUAGCUUAGAAACAAUUUGGAUUAAAUUUGUUAGUUUGCUAAAUUACACUAGAGUGAAGGAACUGAUCAAAUACACACGAACAACAAAGAUCUCUGACCAGAAAAGAUGGUUAAACCAAAGCACACACGCCUGCUUUAGGUGUGGGGUGUAUAGAUAGGUGAUGCUGCUAUAUCGCGCUGGUUAGUUGCACUAUUGGCCUUGUGCAAAAGAAAAAGGUAAUGUUGUGAUUCUUUCUAACCAAACGACGUAUUGCGGCAAAAAAAAAAGGUAAUGAGAUUGUAGAAAUCCUUGCCUUGGCAUGCGAGGAUUCUUUCUACACAUUUCAAAAAACGGGUUUAGUCAUACCUUAUUUUGAUUAUUGGCAUAUCGUGAGGCUCCAAGUUACCUAAGAGCACUCUAUGCAACUAUUCAUUUCCAUAAAAAAAUGAAAUUCAAAACUUCUUCGCGAGCCUUCCCGUCAUCCUCGGGAUCAGGAUAUUUUUUUGAGAAUUUCCGACAAGGCUACGCUUUUGACCGUUAGUUCUUUUUGCUCAAAGCGGCGGGUUUGAGCGGCCUCCAAUCGUUGUACAUGGCUGACGCUCGCUGAAAGAGGGUGGCAUUUCGAACGUUUUUGCUGGCAAAUUUUUUUUAGGGGAGCUGGCAAUUUUAGUUGUGAUGGAUGUGGUAAUUUUUUCAAAAACAGCAUGCCAUUUUGUAGGAGGAUGGCAAUUUUCAGCAUUCAUCCUAGAAAAUGUCACGAUGUUCUGAAGAAACUGCCUAAAAUUGCCAUCAAAACGUUCGCAAAUACCACCCCUUCCAACGAACGUUCGCGAGAUAAGAGGGUUUAUAAAAAAACUAAACAACAUUACGUGCUUAAGCAAACUGCUGAUUCGGUCCAUAGCCAAGAAAGUCAGAGAGGGACAGACAGGGUGAGAGAUUUUGAGAGAGAAACGGAGAGGUCGCUAGAGAGAGAAACAGAGAGGUCGCUAGAGAGAGAAACAGAGAGGCUGCGUCUCCCGCACACAAAGACUACCUUAGCAUUCAUGCCGCCAUGCACGCAUCAUCGUCCACCUCCCUCUAAACUCUAUAAAAACCCCUCCUAUCCACCCGAACGAAACCUGAAAAACCUGACUCAUACCUUCCGGCAGUGCUAGCCACACCUCUCUCCAGCAAGCUAAGCUCCGUAGAGCGAUGGGGCGGUCGCCGUGCUGCGACGGGGAGGCCGGCGUGAAGAAGGGGCCGUGGACAACCGAGGAAGACAAGCUGCUGGUCAACUACAUCCAGGAGAAAGGCCACGGCAGCUGGCGCCGCCUGCCCAAGCUCGCCGGCCUCAACCGCUGCGGCAAGAGCUGCCGCCUCCGCUGGACCAACUACCUCCGCCCGGACAUCAAGCGGGGACGCUUCACCGAUGACGAGGAGAAGCUCAUCAUCCACCUCCACUCCCUCCUCGGCAACAAGUGGUCGUCGAUCGCCACGGAGUUGCCGGGGAGGACGGACAACGAGAUCAAGAACUACUGGAACACGCACCUGCGCAAGAAGCUGCUCUGCAUGGGCAUCGACCCCGUCACGCACCGCCCGCGCACCGACCUCAGCCUGCUCGCCGGGCUCCCGGGUCUCCUCGCGGCAGCCGGUAACUUCGGCGACUCCGGCACGGCCACAACCGCCUGGAACAUGAACGCGCUCAAGCUCCAGGUCGACGCCGCCAAGUUCCAGCUGCUGCAGGGCCUGGUGCGCGCACUCACCACCGCGGCGGCUCCCGCGCCCGCGCCCGGCAUGGACAACCUCAUGGCGCUCCUCGCCCUCAGCAACGGCGGGCAGCACGGCGGAGUCGACCAGAACAUGCUGCUCCAGCAGUGCCAGUGGAACGACAUGAACAACCUGCCGGCGCUGACCAGCUCAGCGCCGACGAGCGACAUGUUCGACGGCUUCAGCGCCGGCGACGGGCUGAGCUCAACGGAGCAUGGGGGCCACGGCGGGGCGACCGGGAGCAACGUGACCGUUGAUCCAAUGGAGGCCGAUGACCAGGAGAGCAAGAAAAAUGGCGGCGGCGGCAUGUCGUGCGAGCAGACGCCGGCGUCGAGCCCUUUCAACGGGCUAGAGAGCCUGAACCUGAUGGACAACCUCAACACGGACGGUGGUUGGAAGGAUUUGCUAGAGCAAGUGUCAUGGCUGAACUCAAGUGAGCUGUGAUGGGUGGAUAGAACAUAUAUGAUCAAGAAUGCCAAACAUAACCAGUAAUGAGAUUGAGAAUACUAAUUGUUUGAUUGGAUGCACAUUUUAGCCAUGUACAAAAAAAGAACGGAAGAACAUAUACACAUGUACACACUCACUGCAAUUAAUGUUCUUUUAUGUUUAAUUAGUUAAUUGGUGUUUCUUUUUUAUGAGGGUAAUAUAUGUAAUAAGUAGCUUGUGACAUAAAAUCACUUCCUUUUUUUCCAGACAGCAAAUUAGGUGUGUGACAGUGUGAGUGUGACUAUAUCUCAUUUUUCUUGACUCUUGCGUUAUGACACAUGAUUUAAUUAGUUAGUUUGAACUUUC